AAUUCUUAGUAUUUUUCAGUUAAAUUAGCCCUAACUUUCAAAAUUCGCCCCGUCUUCUUCCGCCAGUCGCCACCGUAUUCCGCCGGACGGUAAAACUUUGCUCUGUUUUCUCCCAAUUUCUCACGGCGGCGAUCUCCUUCUCUGGAGAAUAUUAAUUUGUAGGAGAGUAAAACACAAGCUUUACCAAGUGGUUGAACUCCAAAUUAUCCGAGGUCUUCUGCAUUAGCACAACACGUAUGAGAUUCUGAUUAAGAUAUCUUAAGCAUGAAGCUUAUUGCAUGGUUAAGGCCCGUCCAAACCUGUACAGCUCUUAGUGAAAUUAUAGGGCCUCUGCAAUCUCGUUCAUUUCAACCUGAUUUUGUUCCCAGAGAUCCCAAUGCCAAGCCCAUAAGAUACAAAUAUCCUGAUGUCUAUGAUCCAUAUGGUCCUAGGCCCCCACCAUCGGACAAGAUAGUUCAGCUUGCUGAACGUAUUGCUGCUUUACCCUCAGAAGAGCGUAGACAAAUCGGUCCGUUACUCAGAGAGAUACUAAGGCACCCUACUUUGAAACAAAUUUCAGUAGAAGGCAUGGAGGGUGCAAUGGGAGGAGCAGCUGGUGGACCGGCAAAAGCUGAGGAGAAGAAAGCAGAGAAAACAGCAUUUGACGUCAAGUUGGAGAAAUUUGAUGCAGCUGCAAAAAUCAAGGUGAUCAAAGAGGUUCGGUCCUUCACGAGUCUAGGUCUGAAGGAAGCAAAGGACCUGGUCGAAAAGGUUCCUGCUAUACUUAAGCAAGGAGUAACCAAAGAGGAGGCGAAUGAAAUAAUAGAAAAGAUCAAAGCUGCUGGAGGAGUCGCGGUUAUGGAGUAAUAGCCUCUGCUGGAUUUAGCAUAAUUUCUGUUUAUCAGUUUUUUGUUUCUUGGAGCCUUGGAGUAACCGGUAAAGUUGCUGCCAUAUGACCAGGAGGUCACCGGUUCUAGCCUUGGAAAUAGCCUCUGACAGAAAUGCAAGGUAAGGCUGUGUAUAAGGUAAGGCUGCGUACAAUACACCCUUGUGGUGGGGCCCUUCUCCGGACCCUGCGCGUAGCGAGAGUUUUAGUGUACCGGGCUGCUCUUUUUUUUUUUUAGGGGAUUUCGGACAAUUACAUUUUUGUCUAAUAGUUGGUUCUGUGGAAUUAUGUGGCUUUUUAGAGCUUUAAACACAUUACACCAUAUGGCAUGGUGACCAUAAAAUUUUGUUUCUGAUCUUGCUGCUA